GACAGCCGUUGGCGGCCGUUAGGGAGCGGCCGUUGGCCAUCCCUCCCCCCCCCCCCCGCCCUUUCCUCACCCCCAUCCCUGCCCCGCUUCGCCGCCCUCCUCCGGGAUUAGGGGCUGUCGCCUGGAAAUCCGCCGGCUGGAGGCGGCGGCUUUACCCCCGGCUCCCUCCCUCCCGCUCUGCCCGGCUUAAGCCGCUCUAAUCCUCCUCCUCCUCCCCUUCCUCCCCCGGGCACGGCCAUGGAGUCGCAGCGGCCCCGUUACCGCGCCCCUUCCUCGCCGCCAUCCCGCGGCGGGAGGGAGCCCGGGGGGCUCCGUCGGAAGGGCCCGCCCGCGGCCGGCAGCGCCCCGGAGGCCGUGGAGGGCAGGAAGCCCAAAUUCCAUUUAAAUAUCAAGACACUGACUGAUGAUGUGCUUUGCUGUUCAGACGCUAUGAAGGCAGGAAACUUAUUGCACAGAAGAGCUGCAAGUAGGUAUCUGACCAAGUAUCUACUUGAAAGACCACAGUGGAAACAAGCCUGUUUCCUAACUCAAGUGCUGCACACUCCGUUGGAUAGAUUUGCCAGUAUAAGAAUUCCAGGAAGCAAAAAGGAAAGACCUCCUCUGCCACAUACGAAGCAGUCCCACUCUACAGAUUGGUCAUCCACAACUACUGAUGUGGAGGAUUUUGUUCCAAAACCCCUGUCAGAAAGAGAAAUCAUAGCACUGUUUGAAAAAAUGAUGGAAGAUAUGAAUUUAAAUGAAGACAAGAAAGUGCCGUUGAGAGAAAAGGAUUUUAAUACCAAAAAAGAAAUGGUGAUGCAGUAUCUUAGCACUGCUUCAAAGUCUGGAAGUCUCAAGAACCGUCGGAAGAUUUCACCCCAAGAGUUUAUGCAGGAAUUAAAAUCUGGGUCAACAGAUGAAAGACUAGUCACUUGCUUAGAAUCACUUCGUGUGUCCUUGACUAGUAAUCCUGUCAGCUGGGUUGAAAACUUUGGCCGAGAAGGUCUGGGGCUGCUGUUGGACGUUUUGGAAAGACUGGUUGAGACAAAACACCAGGACAAAGUUGUGAAGAGGAGUCAGCAUAAGGUUAUACAAUGUUUGAGAGCCUUCAUGAACAAUAAGUAUGGAUUGGAAAGAAUUCUGGGAGAAGAGAGGAGCCUUUUGUUGCUGAUCAAAGCAAUUGAUCCCAAGCAAACUAGUAUGAUGACUGAUAUAGUUAAACUCCUUUCUGCAAUGUGCAUUGUUGGAGAAGAAAGCAUCCUUGAAAAAAUUUUGGAAGCUAUAACAGCAGCAGCAGAGGAAAAGAAUGUUGAUAGAUUCUCUCCUAUUGUGGAAGGACUUCAGGAUAACUCAGUUCAGCUGCAAGUAGCUUGCAUGCAGCUCAUCAAUGCUCUUGUUACAUCUCCUGAUGAUUUGGAUUUUAGGCUUCACAUCAGAAAUGAAUUUAUGCGCAGUGGAUUAAAAGAGAUAUUGCCACAAUUGAAAUGUAUAAAAAAUGAAGCACUAGAUAUUCAGCUGAAGGUGUUCAAUGAGCAUAAGGAAGAAGACAUGAUUGAGUUCUCUCAUCGUUUAGAAGAUAUUAGAUCUGAACUAGAUGAAGUAAAUGAUGUUUACAACAUGGUGUGGAAUACAGUUAAGGACACCAGUGCUGAAGGAUAUUUUCUUUCUAUUCUCCAACAUCUUUUGCUGAUAAGAAAUGACUAUUUUAUACGCCCACAGUAUUUCAAAAUAAUUGAAGAGUGCGUUUCCCAGAUAGUGUUACAUCGAAGUGGAACAGACCCAGAUUUCACGUAUCGUAAAAGAUUAGAUAUAAAUUUCAGCCACUUAGUAGAUAUUUGUGUAGAUAAAGCAAGAUUAGAAGAAUGCGAAGAGAGAGCUUCUGAACUUUCCAGAAAAUUUGAAAAAGAUUUUGUAGUUCAUCAGGAGACCCAGGCCCUACUGCAAAAAAAAGAAGAAAGAAUCAAUGAACUUGAAGCAGAAUUACAAGCUUUUAAAUUGCAGUAUGGCUCCUUGCCACCUGGUUGUCUAUCAUCAACACGUGGAGAUGCAUCUGUCGUUCCAGCGGAUGCUACAGGACCACAUCAGUUGCCGCCACCUCCUCCACCACUGCCUUCUAAUGGGGCAAUCCCACCACCGCCACCUCCCCCUCCUCCUCCACCAUUUUUGAAUGCCUUGGGAAUUCCUCCAGCAUUGGGUGCCCCACCACCACCACCUCUACCAGGCCUGCCUGGGGCACAGUGGUCUCCACCUUCAUGUACUUUGCCAUUUGGACUGAAGCCUAAAAAAGAGUUCAGACCUGAGGUUACCAUGAAAAGACUCAACUGGUCCAAGAUCAGGCCACAGGAAAUGACAGAAUCCUGUUUCUGGGUUAAGGCAGAAGAGGACAAGUACGAGAAUGCUGACAUGCUUUGCAAAUUGGAACUUACAUUUUGUUGUCAACAGAGGGUAAAAAAAGAAGAGGAAGAUUUUGAAGAAAAGAAAUCCAUUAAGAAACGGAUCAAGGAAUUAAAAGUUCUGGACCCAAAGAUUGCACAGAAUCUGUCAAUUUUCCUUGGAUCUUUCCGAGUGCCUUAUGAGGAAAUCAAAAUGAUAUUGGAAGUAGAUGAAACACAGCUGUCAGAGUCCAUGAUUCAGAAUUUAAUAAAACAUCUUCCGGAACAAGAACAACUGAACACGUUGUCCAAGUUCAAGAGCGAGUAUAAUAAUUUGUCUGAACCAGAGCAGUUUGGAAUUGUGAUGAGCAAUGUGAAGAGACUACGGCCACGGCUCAGUGCUAUUCUUUUUAAGCUCCAGUUUGAAGAGCAGGUGAACAACAUCAAACCUGACAUCAUGGCUGUCAGUGCUGCCUGUGAAGAGAUAAAAAAGAGUAAAAGCUUUAGCAAGCUGCUGGAACUAGUAUUAUUAAUGGGAAACUACAUGAAUGCAGGUUCUCGGAAUGCACAGACCUUUGGAUAUAAUCUCAGCUCCCUAUGUAAACUGAAAGACACGAAGUCAGCAGAUCAAAAAACAACAUUGCUCCAUUUUCUUGUAGAAGUGUGUGAAGAAAGCUAUCAGGAUGUUCUGAAUUUUAUUGAGGAUUUUCAGCAUUUAGAUAAAGCUAGUAAAGUCUCAGCAGAAAACCUGGAGAAGAGCCUGAAGCAUAUGGAGAGGCAACUCCAACAGCUUGAGAAGGAUUUGCAGACUUUUCCAGUUGCUGAAGAUAAGCAUGAUAAGUUUGUAGCAAAAAUGUCUAGCUUUCUAGUUCAUGCCAAAGAAGAUUUUCGGAAACUCUCACGGAUGCAUGAGAACAUGGAAAAGUUGUAUCAGAACGUGAUGGGAUAUUAUGCCAUCGAUCUGAAGAAAGUUUCUGUGGAGGAGUUCUUAACUGACUUAAACAACUUCAGGAUGAUGUUCAUGCAAGCAGUAAAGGAUAAUAUGAGAAGGAGAGAAGCAGAAGAAAAACAGAGGCGUGCUAAAAUAGCUAAGGAGAAAGCAGAAAAAGAAAAACAAGAGAGGCAACAAAAGAAAAAGCGUUUGUUAGAAAUGAAAACAGAAGGUGAGGAGACUGGAGUGAUGGAUAGCCUGUUGGAGGCCUUGCAGUCAGGUGCAGCUUUUCGUGACCGAAGGAAAAAGAUACCAAGGGCUAAAGACAUACCACAAAAUGUCAGUCCAACCACACAGAGGCCUGUGCUGAAAGCUUGUAACCAUGAGAACCAGAAAGCACAGCCAGAGAAGUCAUGUUCACACCACAGUGUCAGUUUAAAAUCGACAAGAAGCCCAGUCAACAAAGAAGUUACUUAUGACGUGGAAACAAGUUCUUCUAUGGCACGGAGCAAGGCUGUUGGGAGGAAGGAAGCCUGUAAUGGAGAAGGCAACAAAGAAAAGAAAAUGGAGCGUAUUGGGUCUCCUUCUAAGGGAGAAGCCAUUCCAGAAGUAGAAGCUCUCCUGGCAAGACUGCGAGCACUAUAGAGUAAUCAUAUAAAGGAUUAAAUCAAAGCUUAAAAACAAGCUAUAAUAGUGUAUCUCUUCAAGAUACACUAAUUUUCCAUUAUUGACAUCACAUACUUUUGAGUUCCAAACUUCCCUAGGUAUUAAUACUCUACUUCUAAACUUUUUGCAAGACUCCACAAAAUGAUACUGUAGUUUUGCUUAACUUCAAAAAGAUUUUCAUUAUAUAUUUCACCGUUUUUUAUUCCAAGACACAGUCCUUUUAGUCAACAGGCUGCUGACCAAAUGUUUUGAGAGCUUCUCAGAAUAGAAGUAGAGUGUCUUUUAAAUAUUGUUAGAUCAUCAUGCCUGGGAAUAAGGGUCAGUAAAUAACAGGAAAGUCAGUCUUAUAUUUUCCACUACAUUUUUUAUUCUGAAGAGAUUUUAUCAUCUAAAAAGUAUUAUUAUAGCAUCAUUUGUGUUUAUAAUAAUGAGAAAUGUAUAUCAUAUAAAUUUCUCAGCCAUGUUCUAGUUUGAGUUCAUCGAAGAGUACCAAAGCUUGCUUAAUUAUAUAUGCAUUUACAAAAGGGAAAUCCAUGGACAGUAAACAAAGAAUCUAUGCAAAUAAUAUACUUUACGUGUGAAUAAUAUAUCACGUCUAUUAAGCUUAGUUAUAAUGAUUAUAUCAAGAUAAUAUAUAUGAUUUCUAUGAAUGCAAUGUUUUGCAGUUGUGUCCAUAGUGGGCAAAAGGUCUUUCUUCACAGUUAUUUACGAAUGUAAUUUUUUAUCUUUUCACAUGUGAGUGAGGUAACAUGUUUCUAUAAAAGGAACAUGUAAUGGAAAAGGUUUUUACAAGUGUUUUUUUCACAAACUCAUUUUCCAGUAGCCCAUAAAGUCUUAUUUGCUGGCACAAUAGGAAACUUGCACAUAAUUGCUUCUCUUUUAUCGCACUGUCAUUGUACAUUCUUACAUGUUCGCUAUCAUAUUUAUUAAUUGCACAUCAUAAAGAAUUGCUACCUAUGUUACCAAGUGGGAAGAUACUAUUAGUAUCUUUGCUCCAUUAUUUAAAGCUUCCUUAUUAUAAGAGUGUAUUAGAUAUCUAAUAUCUUUCUACUAAAUUACUCUAUUUUUCUUUACAAAAUGCUGAAAAAUAUGUCUUUCAAUAAGAGUCAGUUACAUGAAACCAGUGUUUCAAUGCUUCAGUGCUUUUUAUAUCCUUGUUUAAGUUGCCUUCUUACUUUCUGCACUAAACAUUAAUAAAGUUAAUUAGAACUC